CCGCCUUGGCCGCCAGCCCCUGCCUCCCUGUCGCCUCCGGGGUCGGGGGUCAGGGCGGGAAACCCCUCGGGAAACCCCCGGGGAGCAGCUGGAAGAGGGGGCGGUGGCAAGGAGCCCCGGGCGCCGCUAUUUAAGCCACGGCCGCGUGGGCUGGGGACACGCAGGGGCCGGCAUGGAGUGGGGCCUCGGCCUCCUGCUGCCCCUCUUCUUGGGGCUGCUGCGGCGCGGCCGCGGUGAGGGUGCCCUGGAGGUGGAGCCGCCCGAGCUCGUGGUGGCGGUGGAAGUGGGUGGGUCGCAGCAGCUGACCUGCCGCGUGGCCUGCGCGGACCCCGCGGCGGCCUCGGUGCAGUGGCGCGGCCUGGACACCAGCCUGGGCGCCGUGCAGUCGGGCGCGGGCAGCAGCGUCCUCUCCGUGCGCAAUGCCUCGCUGGCGGCGGCGGGGAUCCGCGUGUGCGUGGGCUCCUGCGGGAACUCCACCUUCCAGCGGACCGUGGAACUGCUGGUGUUCUCCUUCCCGGACCAGCUGACCGUCUCCCGAGUGGCCCUGGUGGCCGGGCGGGACCAGGAGGUGACCUGCACAGCCCACAACGUCUCGCCUGCCAGGCGAGACGACCAGAACACCGUCUCCUUCUCUCUGCUCCUGGGGGACCGGGAGCUGGAGGGGGCGCAGGCCCAGGACCCGGAACUGGAGGAGGAGUCCCAGGACGGCGAGGACUCGCUGUUCCAAGUGACACAGCGCUGGCUGCUGCCCCCGCUGGGGACCUUCCCCCCGCCCGCCCUCCAAUGCCAGGCCACCAUGAGGCUGCCCGGCUUGGAGCGGAGCCACCGCCAGCCCAUUCCAGUCCUGCACAGCCUGACCUCCCGGGAGCCCCCUGUCAUGACCUCCCCAGAGGCAACGCCCCAGCAGGGCUCCACCCGCAGCCCUGGGAGUCCAGACCCCACGAGUCCUCGCCCCACCAGUCCAGGCCCCACCUCUGGGAACAGCUCCGCCAGGACCUGCCGCCCUGAGAUCCACCAGUCGCCUGCGCCAGGGGGCCUGGAGCUGCUGUGUGAGGCGGCCUGCAGCCCUGGUGUGGCCGUGCGCUGGAUCCAAGCCCCUGGUGGUCUGGAGGCCUACGAUAGGCGGGAGGCCGGAGCCCAGGCUUGGCUGAGCAUGCCGUGGGCCGAGUGCACCCCCGAGGGGUGGUUCCAGUGUCGCCUGGACCCCGGGGGCCAGAUGGCCAGCCUGUACCUGGUCCCGCAAAUCUGCUCCCCAGUGCCGUCCGCGACCGUGUGGACGGGCAGCGUGGUGCUGGCGCUGCUGCUGCUGGCGGUCCUCACCUAUCGCCUGUGGAAAUGCUGCCGACAGACCACGGGGCCCACCAGCUCCUCUGGGCCCCCUGCCCUGCCUGGACCUGACUGAGGGGGUGGGAGUCAGGAGGUCACUCCUGAAGUGACCGGCUGUUCCUUCACUCACUUGUGACUGGAGGACGUUUGCAGGGCUCUGGACUGCAUGAGGGCUGACUGCCGGCCCCUCACCCUGAAGGUCAGCAGUUCAAGCUCCCCUGCUGGCUGGAUUUCCCCUGAGUGGGGCCCCUGGGAGCCACCCCCUACGGUCCAGAGCUGGAGAAUAAAGAGCAUCUGGUCUGAC